AUGGAUCUUUUCCAUUAUCGUCUAAAAGCUAUCUCCUCUAUGAACACUAAUCCUCGAAACCUAAAAAUUCGAAGAUUUCUCCAAAUAUUGGUCUACUUGACCUAUGUCAUUCUGGUCUUAACUGCAAUUUCUUAUUUGGGUCUCCUAACGGUUCAAAGCUCGCAGCCGACAAUCAAGCCAAUGAUUUUUGAGAAAUACCACAUGGCCGAAGUCUGGUGUCCUAAAUUUCUAGUCUCUGAUCCGUACUCUUGGCCGAUUAUUCUUGCCAUCUGCACCACAUUAGUUUUCAUCAUUUUUGUUGGCUCCGUCGUUCUAUUAUGCGGAGCGUUUACUCUGGUAAUCUUGUUAGCUUCGCGAAAAGAUUUAUCUCAGCAUACGUUGAAAGUUCAGAAGAAGUUUACUACGGUGUUGAUUGUACAGGCAGCUGUUCAUGUAGUUUUCAUUUUGGGGCCCAUCAUAACAAUUGUGGCUUCUGUCUACUUUGAUAUUUUCAUAAAUGAUGGCGGUCUCGUUUUCUUUUUUGUCGAAGCUCAACAAGGAACUGCUUCAACCCUGGUCUUCAUUUCGACACAUUCAGUGACGAAGAAAAGCGUCAAUUAUGUGUUCAACCGUGGUAUUUUGCCUGAAAUCUUUUCUUUGAAAACUCUUGUUUUUAUUUCAGUUCGAAAACUCCUUGGUCUCAAAGAUGCAAACAACAUUUGGCGAGUGUCGAAAGUCGAACUUCGGAGCAAAAGCGUAGUCUAG